AUGCGCACAUUCGCUCUUCUCACGGCUUUGGCCGUCUCUGCCCUGGCUUCACCCUUGCCGCAGGGUGUGACCUCUGCAAUUGCUCCAUCCUCUCCAGCUCCCGAAGGCUGCCAGCCCUCGUAUAGCGGCAGCUUUGAGAUCACUGUUGUGAAUGUCUCGUCCUCAGCGAAACGAGAUUUGCACGAGCGUCAAAGCUCUGGAGUCCUGACCCUCACUCUUGCCGAUUCCGUCCUGAAAGACCAAGACGGACGUACUGGCUACAUCGCCUCAAACUAUCAAUUCCAGUUUGACAACCCUCCACAAGCCGGGGCUAUUUACACAAGCGGCUUCUCCCUGUGCUCCAACUCGAGCCUUGCGUUGGGUGGCUCUGCCAUCUGGUAUCAAUGUUUGAGUGGAUCAUUCUACAACUUAUACGACCGAGAUUGGGCCCCCCACUGCGUACCAAUCUACAUCUAUGCCCUGAUCGGGUCCUCCGCUCCACCAGCGACCCAAGCAACAGAUGGCCAGCCGGCCGCGACGACCGUCGUCCCCUCGGUUUCUCAACUCACGGACGGUCAGCCCCAGGUGACUUCAGUGGCUGUUACACAAAUCUCAGACGGACAGCCGCAAGCGACGACUGGUGCUCCUGUUACACAGAUCUCUGAUGGCCAGUAUGUUUCCCGUCACUUUACUUUUCGACGACAUUUCUCGCUAACAAACCUAAGGCCGCAAGCUACUACCGGUGCACCAGUCACCCAGAUUAGUGACGGACAACCGCAGGCAGCGACGGGGACCACUACUGCCGUGCCAGUUACUCAGAUCAGUGAUGGACAGCCCCAAGCAGCGACUUCUGGAGCGCCAGUGACCCAGAUUAGUGACGGACAGCCUCAGGCAGCGACGGGGACCACUACUGCCGUGCCAGUCACUCAGAUCAGCGACGGACAGCCCCAGGCAGCGACUUCUGGAGCGCCAGUGACUCAGAUCAGUGAUGGACAACCACAGGCAGCGACUUCUGUUGCUGCCGCCUCGACCUCGACCUCUGCCACCCCUGCGACUUUCACCGGCGCCGCAUAUCGACCUGAGUUCCCGGGUGGAAUUGCUGUCGUUGCGGGUAUUGCAGGGUAA